AGGUCAAGGCCGAUUCAUCAUGUGACUCCGUCUUGUCAUACUGAAAUCCAAGAACAGUUCAGUUGCUGUAUUCAGUCCACGAAGAUGACGUUUUACACAACGCUCGCGUUUGUUACUGUUGCGAUUUUCGUGGAAUUUUCAGCCGGUGUUGUAAUAUUUGAUGACUCUGUUGGACUAGAAAGACAGUUUGAUGGAAUUGGCGGCCUCAGCGGAGGCGGGGCAACAUCAAAGCUAUUGGUGAACUACCCUGAAAAGCAAAGAGAUGAAAUCUUGGACUAUCUUUUCAAGCCCAACUUCGGAGCUUCUCUGCAGAUCCUUAAAGUUGAAAUAGGAGGAGAUGCACAGAGUACAGAUGGCACCGAGUCCUCCCACAUGCACAACAGCUGGGAGGAGAACUAUGAGAGAGGAUACGAGUGGUGGCUCAUGUUGGAGGCCAAGAAGCGCAACCCCAACAUCAAGUUGUAUGGUCUUCCGUGGACCUUCCCGGGCUGGGUUGGGGCCGGGACACGCAGCCCGUACACGAACCCCGUGCAGACCGCCACCUACAUCCUGAAGUGGGUCCAAGGAGCCAAGAAAUACUACAAUCUCACCCUCGACUUUAUUGGGGUGUGGAAUGAAAGGAACUAUGACAUCACCUACAUCAAGACUCUAAGAAAGGUGUUGGAUGACAAUGGCCUGAGCAAUGUCCGUAUGGUGGCAGCUGACGGAGGAUGGGGCAUUGCCAAAGAUAUGCUCAAGGAUUCAGAGCUUGCUCGUGCCAUUGACUAUAUAGGAACUCACUACCCGGGAACCUUGACCACCACAGCCUCCAUGCAGACGGGCAAGCAGCUGUGGUCAUCAGAAGACUUCAGCACCUUCAAUGACAACGUCGGCGGCGGAUGCUGGGCCCGGAUUCUAAAUCAAAAUUAUGUGAAUGGAUUCAUGACAAGCACCAUCUCAUGGAACCUGAUCGCCAGCUACUACCAAGCUCUGCCAUUCUUCCGAGAUGGGCUGAUGACAGCAGUAGAACCCUGGAGUGGGAACUAUGUAGUACAGAGUCCGAUAUGGAUUACAGCUCACACGACCCAGUUUACAGAGAUAGGAUGGAAGUACCUCCGUCAUGGCGCCGGGGUGGGGAAACUGGAGACAGGGGGUAGCUACGUGGGUCUGGUCAGUCCUGAUGGGAAGGACCUCACUAUCGUCAUAGAAACCAUGAGUCAUGACCACUCCCUGUGUAUUCGGCCGGCUCUCCCGCCAUACAAUGUGAAUGCAACCACGGUGGACAUUGAGUUCAAGGGCAGCUUUGCGGCUCUGUCUGCCCUCAACGUGUGGUACAGCAAGCCUAGCUUCGGAGCUGAAGCCGACGUGUUCUUCGAGAAACAGAAGACCCUCCCGAUUGUGAACGGCAAGGCGUCACUCAAGUUGAACCCUGAUGAAAUCUACACCCUGACCACACUUGAAGUGGGGGAGAAGGGGGCGUUUGACACUGUCCCACCCCCCUCCAAACCCUUCCCCCUCCCCUACACAGAUGACUUUGAAGUGUACCGUGAGCAGGAGGAACCCUUCAACCUGGUGCCGCAAGUCGGGUGUUUUGAAGUCCACAAUACCUCCGACCUCACCCACCGUCAAGUGAUGAGACAAGUUGUACUCACCGCGCCCAUUGCCUGGUGCCCCAUAAACCUAGACUAUCCCAUUACCAUAGGGGGGAACUCCAACUGGACCGAUAUAUACGCUGAGGUGGACGUCCGACUGGGCGGAGUGAAUGGAACCAAUGGCGUGUUCCUGGCUGCCCGGGUCGACAAGGGAGGCUGUGACGCCUUCUCCUCCACGGGAAUAUUCCUAUAUGUCUUCCCCCAAACUAAAAGCUACAUCCUGGCCAAUGACCUAGCUCGAACAUCAGUCAUCACAAGCGGUGAGCUGGGCGAGGUGGAGACGGAUUGGAACAAGGUGUCACUCAUGGUAAAGGGCACAGUUGCAUCUGGAAUGUUGAAUGGGAACAGUCUGUUUAACCACACUGUGCCUAGCAGCCCCACAAGUGGAUUUGUCGGACUCGGAACAGAUUCUUGGGGCCUUGCUGACUUUGACAAUCUCAAAAUUACAUCUGUUGAGGAUCGACUGCAUGAGUUACACCACAUGAAGAAAGAGGAUACAAAGUUAUAUUUUGUACCUGGAGGUCACUGAUGUCAGGUCAGCUUAGCUGUACAUAUGCUUCAAACUUGAUUCAUGAAAGGAAAAUAACUGGAAAUCUUUCUUUUUUUUAGAUACCUAUUUUUUUAUGUAUGUGCCUACACUGAUUACUAGUAUAAUUGAUGGGGAUUUAUUAAUGCCCAUUUCUUUGUGACCAUAUACAUGAUGACUGUUGUGCAAUACCUGAUAUAUACGGCUACAUCAUACAAUACUCUAUGGCCUACUCUUACCUAUGUUUAUGCAUCACAGGAGGAUGUCCAGGUUUGGGAUUUUGUGUUUACUGCACAAACUUGACCUGUUGUGUAUCCAAACAAUCUCAGGUCACACUUUAUGCCAGUAUAGCACAAUCAUGAUUAAUGCAUUUUUGUCACUGAAAUGUCGCAAAGUUAUGUUUAUGAUGCCAAGUACUACUUCAAAAUGCUUAUGUAUAAAACAUAUUCAAGGUGUAUGCUGUCUCAAGAAAACAAAGACAUUCCAUGUGUUUCAUAUCACUUUUAAAAGUUCUUGUGGGUUUAUAUGAUGUGUGGUUGUGGCUUGUCGGUGUUGAGCUGUAACAUAUGGUUGUUUGAGAAUGUUAUAUUACAUUGUACAGAUGUCAAAUCUGUGAUAUUAUAUCAUGUGAAUUGGUGCCUGCUAAGACCUGAAGUGUCACUACAUAGAUAUACCUCAAUAUUCAGUUAACAUGGAUAAGAUAAUGAAAAGUGGAAAUCAUUCUGAAAUUAUUUUUGUACUGGAUGUACAAUUCUUUUGAACCAGGUAAACAAAUGUUUAUUUUGUUGGUUUUGUUGGUGCAUAGUACCAUGUGUGUAUGUUUUAAUCGUUUGUUGAUGAUUUUAUUUCCACACAAAUCCUUACAUAUAUUUUCUACCUUCAUCAAAUAAAUGUAAUUACUCUAA